AUGAAUGCAAGUGGCAGCAUGUCUGCACAACCUCCCCAUAUGUCACCAACGGAAUACACCAUCAACAUUCGAUCAUUCUUUCUGCAGAAAAGAGAUCGUAUUGUUUUUCUAACGCUAGUGAUCAUCACGCUCACAUUGUUGAUGCCCAUGUAUCAUGAUUAUUACAUGUAUUACAAUGAGAAUAAUUUACAUCAUCAUCAUCUGAUGGAACACUCUAAAGCAGUAUUAUCACCACUAACUGCACAUGGAAUGGGUGAUGAUGCAUCAUUGUUCAUUGAAGAAGAGCCUUCUCGACGUGCUGCUCAUCGUCCUCACCUCAACAAUGUCGGACAACAGCCAACUGCCUUCGUGAGCAUGCAUGUGGAAGAGGCUUUAAGAAGAGAAUUAUCUCCACCAGCACAGCUUUGUGCCAUGAACACGUAUGAUAAGAACCAACAACAAGGAACCAUCGAAAGAGAGGAUGAUAGCAGUACUGAACCUACUACUACUCAACCAUCCACUACUACUACUACUACUACUGCCACGAACACCAACAACAACAACACCACCACCACUAUAUUCCUCUCCAUGACACAAAUCAUUCAACGCCUUCUCAUCAAGUACACCAUCAAAUUAUUCCUUUACAUCUUUCUACUAGGAGCCUAUUGGAAAUUCCAUAAUGUCAUGAAUUUCAUCUUUCGAAAUAUUACCACUUCGAAUACGACUCGAUUGCCCAAUCCCUCCAUGUACAUUUCAUUCCUUCGUAAAAUAUCACUCUCUCCUCAUACCAUUCUUCUACUAUCGGAAAUUACGAGAUGUGCAGGCUCCACGCUUUGGGUCAUGUGUGUGCAUUUGGUUUUAGGAAAACAUGCACCUGCCUAUCUUUGGAUCUUGGUCUAUGCAUGUUUAGGAAGUGUUGCCAUGGAAAUGUCACAAACAGGUUCCUCAACUUCAACUCAUACCACAACGUAUAUUGCCAUGUCGUUCAUGGUGAGUGGAGAUUUAUUUAUCAUGAUCUAUUUCUUGGACUAUACACUGGGUUAUUGUUUGUGUGUGGCUGUCUCCAUUCUCAUCAUUCAAGUCAUGACUAUUGAAUUGAUUGAUUUUAUGAGAAAUCAUUCGAUUGCAUUUGUUCAACAACGAGAAGUGGAAAGUCUCAAACACAUGACCAAUCUCUACAAGAAUUUAUAUAUGAGUGCUCCUGAUACUUUUAUUUCAUGUGUGUAUUGUCCACAAACUGAUGAGAAUGAUGAUGAGAAUGAUGAUGAGAAUGAAUGCAUGACCAAUGAAGGACGAUCAAGUUCAACGAUGAAAUCUCAAGAUGAGAUGGGUCGUCAUCAUCUAUACCACAACGAUCCCAAUAGUAGUGGUGUUGGAUCAGAUCAAGAUUGGAAUCAACAACCACCACUGCAGCAGCAGCUUGCCAACAUCCCUUCUCGAGAAAGUCUCCUCCUUAGAAGAGUUUCAUCCUCCUCAGAUCCAAAUAGUAGUGGAAAAGGUGCAAGUACCUGCAGUAGUAGAAGCAACAUGAGUAGCAACAGUAGUAGUGAAGAAGCCUUAGAUGCUGUGCUCAAUCAUGAAGAAGAAGCAGCAUACGCGCGCAAUGACAUGAACGAGACAACAAGCACCAAUAAGUGCCAUCAUCGGUCUACACCAACCAAGAACACCAAAUAUCGUGGUGGUGGUGGUGGUGGUGGUGGCGGUGGUGAUCAAGGCUCUUCGUUGAACAAACGUUCUGUGCACAACCGAGCCAAAUCAUCAUCAUCCCUCUAUGAUGAUCCUUAUCAAUGUUUGAAACAUUUCAAAGUCAUUCAAUACAACCAUGCUGCAUGCGACAUGUUAGGCUAUCAAUCCGAUCCUGUCAGUACGAAUAAUAAUAAUACUAAUAACAACAACUCCAAGUCGCCAAUCACUACUGGUGGUAAUAGUAGUAGCAACAGUGGAGAGAAUCCAUCUGGUGUCACGGAAUCUCUGACUCUUGCAGAUUUGAUAUUGAAUCCCAAUGAACAUUCGAGUGAAGAGUUGAAAUCAGCAGUGUUGGGAGGUAAUGAUGCAACCAUUCAUGAAUUACAACUCAAAUCCAUGACCAAAUUGAGAAAUAUACUAUUUGAUAUUAUGGAUGGCAGUCCACACUCUUCCUCACCCUCCGUUUCAUCACAAUCAGAUGUCAUUGAACAAGAUGAAUCUAUGACUAUGACCACUACUGGUAGCAGUAGCAGUGUAUUCAGUGGUGGUGGUGGUCAUGGUAACAAUUCUCAAAGAAAUAGAACCUACUCGACAGCCUCCUUAAAUACCACCACCAGUUCUACUACGACUUCGACUACAACCAAUACAAACCCAAAUACUACCACAACACAUACUAGGGGUGAACCAACUGCUACCACCAACACUACUACUACAACUGCUACGACUACUACUACAACCACUCUUCAUCACUCCUCCACUUCUUCUCAAUACUCUCAUGAUCGAAUCAUUCCUCUCUUCAUUUUAGGAAAGAAUGGAAGUAUCAUGACAUGUUCAUUGAGUGUUUCGAGAAUUGUCUUGUAUGAUACUUCCAAUGCUCUAUCAUCCUCUCCUCACAAAUCAUCUCAAAGUAAUAAUAAUUCUCUCACUGAACAAGUCUAUCCAGUCUAUUACAAUAUGAUUCUUCAUGACUUGACACAAAAAUACAAAUUAUUAGAUGAAUUGAAUAUUGAAAAGGAAAAGGCUGUUCAAGCCAAUAAUGCUAAAAGUCAAUUCUUGGCUCAAAUGUCUCACGAAUUGAGAACACCAUUACAUGGUAUUAUUGGUUUGACUGAUGUCUUGUUACAAUCUCCAACCAUUGCUCCACCACCAUUAUCCUCUUCUUCUUCUUCUACUAAUACUAUGAAUUCUAACAAUAAUAAUAUCAAUAAUAAUAUCAAUAAUAAUAACAAUACGACAACGACGACGACGACUCCCCUCAUCAAUCAUUCUGCAUCCACUCCUAACAUGACAACAAGUACAAACAAUAAUGGAAUGUCAUUCAUUUCACCUCCAGGUACAUCCAUUGUGAUUCAACCUUCAUGCGUACAGACUUCUUCCACUCAGCUGAGCACCACAUCCAUGAACAUCAUGACUGGUGUGAAUGAUGGUAACACCUUGACCACCACCCCUUCCACUACCACCACCACUACCACGAACACAGCCGAGAAAUCCUUAAUACCCUCUCGAUCAUCGACUUCCAAGUUACCCUCUCCUCAUACAACCACCAUCACUACUGCUACUACUACUGCUACUACUACUACUUCACCACCUUCAACUACUUUGAAUGGUACUACGACUGCGACUAGUACUACUUCUAUGAAUACUUUGACUUGUUCCAAUAAUGGAUCUUUGAUCGUCUCGAAAAAAUCAUCGUCUCUCUCGCCCAUUGAAUACUAUUACAAUCAACAAGCACAACAACAACAACAGUAUACUCAAUUUAUUAAUACCAUUCAAACGAUCAAGUAUAGUGGUAAUAUUCUUCUUGGUUUGAUCAAUGAUUUAUUAGAUAUUUGUAAAAUUGAAUCCUCUAAAAUUCAAUUAGAAUGUAAAACAUUUAAUUUGAGAAGAGCAUUGAAACAAAUUCAUUGUGGUAUCUUCCAACACCAAGCUCAACAAAAGAAUUUAAAUUUCACCAUUGAUAUUAAUCCCAAUGUUCCAACGUAUGUGGUUGGUGAUGAGAAUCGAUUGGUACAAAUUUUAAUUAAUUUGGUGUAUAAUGCCAUCAAGUUUACAGAUCAGGGAAGUGUGUCAUUGAGUGUGGAGAAAGAGGAAAGUUUGAAGACUCUUCAGGAAGGAAACACUUUGGCGCCUGAGAAUGAUGUGAGCAUGAUGAAUUCUGGUACUGUUACAACUUCUACGACGACGACGACUACUGGUACAACCAAUAAUACUUUUACUACCACCACAAACGGUACCAGUGGUAGUAUGGUUAGUCCAGAAACGACAACACUUUCUACAGAGAAUAUCGAAAUUUCGAGUAGUGAACAACAACACUCCAUGAGCAAUGCAUCUCCCAACGUUCAAGAAUCUUCUCAAAAUGUGCCUCAAUCAUGCACUUUGCAAGCACUGGGUUCAUCCAACACUCCACAAUACUAUACGAUCAAAUUCAAAGUAACCGACACUGGAAUUGGUAUCUCACCCAAUGAUUUGUGCAAAUUGUUUAGACCAUUUUCACAACUGCAUUCAAGUAGUGGAAGCACUUCAUGUCCAGGCUCUACUCACAAAACUCUCAAGAUGAAAAAGGUCAAUGAAGGAACAGGGUUAGGACUCUACAUCUGCAAGCAAUUGGUAGAGUUGAUGGGAGGCGAAUUGAAUGUGAAAAGUGAAGAAGGAAAGGGAUCAUGCUUUUAUUUCAGCGUCAAGUUAGGAAUUGAUGAAAGUUCCAAUACACCGAAAGACCUUACUUUGCAGCAACAUUCAUCGGUGCAUUUAACCUCCACUCCAGAGCACAUGGUUGAAGCUCCAUCGUCACCCAUGUCCACUAACGACGUUUUGAACAUUCCUCAACUCUCGAAAGAUGUUCUAUCCAAACUUAAUAUUUUGAUUGUGGAGGAUAACUCUAUUAACAGAAUCGUACUGAUCAACAUGUUGAAAAAGUUGGGAUGUCAAAACAUUGACACUGCUAAAGAUGGAGUUGAAGGAUGUGAGUUGUAUACAUUGUCAACCUCACAGAAAGAUAAUACUGGUUCAUCUAAAUAUUAUGAUAUUGCUUUUAUUGACAUCUAUAUGCCUAGAAUGAAUGGAUAUGGUGUGGUUCAGCAUAUAUUAGAAUCUGAAUCAAAAGAAGCUGCCUCUAAAACUACCUCUCUAGUUAGAUCACCACAGGUACAACCAGAAGAACAACCACACCGACAUCAUACCAUUUUAGUGGCUCUUACAGCAAACGGGUUUGAAGAAACAAGAAAUCAUUGUCUUUCCAAUGGUUUUGACGUUUUCAUGAGCAAACCUUUCUCAAUGAGUGAAUUUUCGCAAUGUUUGGCUGAAUGUGUAAGGCUCAUAGAGAAAUACAAUGGUUAG